UCGGCAAUUUGAUACUACAAAACAUAUAAGGGAAAUUCGUCUAUUAUAUUUUUAUUUCAAGACUAAGAAAUUAUUAAAAAUAUUAAACGUGUUUCAUAAAUGUUCUUAAAUAUUUCUGUUCAGAAAUAAAUGUUAUGUUCUGUGUGUGUAGUUGACAUGUGAAUUGUUGAAAACAAACGAUGAAUCGUUUUAUUAUUUUUUUAUUUUCUGCUGCAUUUGUCGUCUUGACAAUACAGACGGACUUCCAGGAUAACCUUAUAAAUGGUUAUAGAACCUUGAUAGCGGACAUCCAAGUCCGAACUCAAAAAUCCCGCGAAGACAUGGACACCCUUGUGUCACAGAUUAAGUUACUCAUGAAAAACGAAGCGGACAAAGCGAUAAACUAUAUGACUAUUUACUUAGAACAGAUAUCUAUGUAUUUCCAGGUAAUAAUUCACGAUCGCAAACCCCGCAACGGCACUUACUGCAAAGAGAGCAUUGUUAAACUGCUCGGGGAGAAUUUGCAGCUUGCUGAUGAGAACGUAACCUUAUGUCUAGCUUUGGGCUAUCAACGAGUGCAGCGUCUGCCAGAAAAGUUACAAGUACAUUUUGAAACGUUGGAAAAUCUCAAGAAAUAUUCGGCAUCGAAAUUGUUCGAAUGUCAGAAACAACAGCAAGUCGGUGGAAACUGUUCUCAUGAAAGUCAAGACCUUGAAAGGACAGUGUUUUUAUAUGAAACUUCACCGUUCCCCGUUGUGAUGGCAGAAAUCGCUAUACAUGGCUUCAAAGAAGUGUCAGAUUUGAGUGUUUGUCUUAAGGACAUCAUAUCCCGAAUGAUGACUCAUUCCGUCAAGGUCAUUGGAGACUUUAACAGAUGCAUUCACAACAUUGAGAUGCCAAAACUUAAGUAUUUGCUGAAGUUUAUGAAGAAAUAUGCAUGAAUAAUUAUUUUUUUACUUAAAAAAUCUUCAAAAUACUUUACUUUAAAGAUCAUCUUAAAUAAUUAACGUGUAGGCAUAAUCGAAUGGAGGCAAGUUGUGAAUUAAAAUUAAUAAAACUAAUAUUGAUGUAAAAUUUAUGAAAGAAAUAAUACAAAAUAAGAUUUUUUAAUAUGAUUAGCUAACAUUAAUUCUUUAUUAAACUAA